AUGAGAGAGAAUUAUCAUGUCUUAACUGCUGGCCACCAUGAAAAAUAUGACUAUAGUGAUGAGCAUCAAAGCAGUAUCUUCUUGGAUAGUGAGCCAGAAGUUUCUGUUACACAACACAUUGAACAGUCUUCAUAUAAGGAAACGUGGAAUACUUCAAAGAAGGCCUCUAAUGACAUGUGUAACACACACAUGACAAAUGAUGCAACAAGUGCUUAUGGAAUUUUAUCUACAGCUGUUAAUGUCAGUGCCCAGGCUGAUCUACAUAUUACAAACAGAACCAACAAAUGUGGUAUUUGUGCCAAAUGGUUUGCUAGGUCAGGCGAUAUGAAGACACAUUUAUUAAUUCACACUGGAAUGAAACUUCACAAAUGUGAGAUUUGUGGGAAAUCUUUUACUUUGUUAGGCAGUCUCAAGAAGCACACAUUAAUUCACACUGGAAAGAAACCGCACAAAUGUGAGAUUUGUGGAAAAUGUUUUGCUAGAUCAGAUUGUCUCAAGACUCAUGUAUUAGUUCACACUGGAACGAAGCCUCACAAAUGUGAGAUUUGUGCAAAAUGUUUUGCUACAUCAGGUUGUCUCAAGACUCAUGUAUUAAUUCACAGUGGAAAGAAACCUCACAAAUGUGAGAUUUGUGGAAAAUGUUUUACUACAUCAGGUUAUCUCAGGACUCAUGUAUUAAUUCACACUGGAAAGAAACCCUACAAAUGUGAGAUUUGUGGGAAAUGUUUUGCUACAUCAGGUUAUCUCAAGACUCAUGUAUUAAUUCACACUGGAAAGAAAGCUCACAAAUGUGCGAUUUGUGCAAAAUGUUUUGCUACAUCAGGUUGUCUCAAGACUCAUGUAUUAAUUCACACUGGAAAGAAACCUCACAAAUGUGAGAUUUGUGGAAAAUGUUUUACUACAUCAGGUUAUCUCAAGACUCAUGUAUUAUUUCACACUGGAAAGAAACCCUACAAAUGUCAGAUUUGUGGGAAAUGUUUUGCUACAUCAGGUUAUCUCAAGACUCAUGUAUUAAUUCACACUGCAAAGAAACCCUACAAAUGUGAGAUUUGUGGGAAAUGUUUUGCUACAUCAGGUUAUCUCACGAAUCAUGUACUAAUUCACACUGGAAAGAAACCUCACAAAUGUGUGAAAUGUGUGAAAUCUUUUGCUAGGUCAGGGAAUCUCAAGAGGCAUGUAUUAAUUCACACUGGAAAGGAACCUCACAACUGUGAGAUUUGUGGGUCAGGCACUCUCAAGAGGCAUGUAACAAUUCACACUGGAAAUAAACUUCACAAAUGUGAGAUUUGUGGGAAAUAUUUUGCAGAGUCAGGUGAUCUCAAGAAACAAGCAUUCAUACACACCUAG